UAUAUUGGUUUUGUUUUUUUUUUUUUGCUACUCCUACUUUACAACAAAUUUACGAAUAGAAAGAAAGAAAAGCUUUUGAAAGAGAGAGAGAGAAAAAAACGACAAUCAUUAUCAUAAUCAAUCAGAUCAGAAAAAAUGGACGGCGGAGGAGCAGUGGACGGUGGCGGUGGUGUGCCAGCUCAUCCUGGCGGAGGAGACGCCGUGAUGACGGAGGCUCAGCCGGAGUCUCAGAACUCGAUGAUGCCGAUGUCGGCGACGGCGACGACGACGGAGAACAUAUCGGCGACGUUGAGUCACGGAGGGAGGUUUAUUCAGUACAAUAUCUUCGGUAACAUCUUCGAAGUCACCGCCAAGUAUAAGCCUCCCAUUCUGCCGAUCGGCAAAGGCGCUUACGGCAUCGUUUGCUCGGCCUUGAAUUCGGAGACGAAUGAGCACGUGGCGUUGAAGAAGAUUGCGAAUGCGUUCGAUAACAAGAUCGAUGCGAAGAGGACUCUACGUGAGAUCAAGCUGCUUCGUCAUAUGGAUCAUGAAAAUGUUGUUGCAAUCAGAGAUAUAAUACCACCACCACAGAGGGAGGCAUUUAAUGAUGUUUAUAUUGCAUAUGAGCUAAUGGACACUGACCUGCACCAAAUUAUUCGUUCCAAUCAAGCUUUGUCAGAGGAGCAUUGUCAGUAUUUCCUGUAUCAGAUCCUCCGUGGAUUGAAAUACAUACAUUCUGCAAAUGUUCUGCACAGGGACUUAAAGCCCAGCAAUCUUCUUUUAAAUGCUAAUUGUGACUUGAAAAUAUGUGAUUUUGGACUAGCUCGUGUCACCUCUGAAACUGAUUUCAUGACGGAAUAUGUUGUUACAAGAUGGUACCGUGCACCAGAGCUUUUAUUGAACUCUUCAGAUUACACUGCAGCUAUUGAUGUGUGGUCAGUUGGUUGUAUUUUCAUGGAAUUGAUGGAUAGGAAACCUCUGUUUCCUGGAAGAGAUCAUGUGCACCAGCUACGUUUGCUUAUGGAGCUUAUUGGCACCCCAACAGAGGCUGACUUGGGAUUCUUGAAUGAAAAUGCUAAAAGAUACAUUCGGCAACUUCCUCUUUACCGUCGGCAGUCCUUAACUGAAAAGUUUCCACAUGUCCAUCCUGCAGCCAUUGAUCUUGUUGAAAAGAUGUUAACAUUUGAUCCCAGACAGAGGAUUACUGUUGAAAAUGCGUUGGCUCACCCCUAUCUAACAUCUCUGCAUGACAUCAGUGAUGAGCCUGUGUGCAUGACUCCCUUCAGCUUUGAUUUUGAGCAGCAUGCACUGACUGAGGAACAAAUGAAGGAGCUGAUCUACCGAGAGGCCCUUGCAUUUAACCCCGAGUAUCUGCACUAACAAGCUGUGCUUUAUUGGAUCAGUGUUGUCUCUGUGCUUUAUACCCUCGCUGAUUGAUUUCUUCAUGUAUAUAUAUGUUCCAUUCCAAACUGGGUGGAUCUGGAAUUGAUUGGUUUAUGGGCAGAAUUAAGGGACUGGAACUAGCGUAAUGGUGUUUGUGUCGGCUGUUUUGCUGUUAUUUUUUCUAUUUAUUUUUAUUUUUAUUUAAGCCAACAUCUGAUGAACAGAUCUCUCUCUCUCUCUCUCUCUCUUAAAAGUACGUGCACAUUUGUAGUUUCAGAUUUGAGAGUAGAAAACAAAUUAAAAAAACAAUUUCUGAUCC